UUGACACUGUAGUGCAAGAACUCAGUUCUUCCAUGGCAAAGAAGAGGAAAGCUCAGGAGAUUGGGAUAGAGACACCCGUAAAUAAGAGGAAAUCUUUGUUGAUGAAACCCCGUCACUACAGCCCUAGUGAAGAGUGUGAGGAAGACAGUGAGGACAAGGCAAUAUCUGAGGCUACCACUUCACAGAGAAACACAGAGCAUCCUGCACUGGAUGAAAGAUUUUCAGAGUCAGCCCACGGUGUAUCUCAGUCAGAACUGAAGGAUGACUAUUCUAAUGAAAAUGAUUCUUGUGGUGUCUACCAAGAUGUCUUGGAGGGCUCCAUCUUUAAAGGGAAGAAAAGCCCGGAAGACUCAGAUAUUCAAACAGCAGCUGACAACAAUUUCAGUGACAGUGGCAUCCAGUCUGCAGAAGCAGAUAGUGAUGUUGAUGAUUGCCUUACACUUAACAGGACAGAAAGCAAAGAUGAUUCAGAAGCCAGUGAGCUGACAUUCUCUUCAUCAGGGGACUGUCAGACUGCAUCUGUACCAGUAGACAAGAAUUUGAACUUUUCCUCAAGUUUCUCCAAAGUUAGUGAUGUAAAGCCACAUGCCUUCAUAACAGGGAACCAUCACAGAACAAUAGUGAGAGUACCACCAUUUGACACACGAGUGAUAGCAGAUUGCACUGUACUAGAGACAGGUAUUGACUCUGAAGCACAUCUAAAGAACUCAAAACAUUCUCGAGUCAGCACUGACAAUGGGUGGGAUGAACUGCAUGAAAAUGAAGACGAGGACACUGAGUGCUUGUCAGAAACCACAGAGGAGUCAGAAGAUUUUGAUCAUGCUAAAGGAAGCUUGAGCCUUCUGGAGCAGGCUAUAGCUUUUCAUGCAGAGAAGGGACAUAUCUUUCACAGUACAAACCGAGAACUAGAUAGGUUUCUGCUGGAGCACUUGGUUGGAGAAAGGAGACAUGGCAAAGUUGUAGACAUGGGAAUCAGGCAAGCCUACAGCUGCAAAGAAUCACCCAGGUCUGAAAGAAGAGAGAUCAAAUGUCCAACUCCAGGUUGUGAUGGCGUAGGUCACGUGACAGGACUGUAUCCACACCACCGCAGUCUUUCUGGUUGCCCACAUAAAAUCAGAGUGCCUCCUGAGAUUCUUGCUCUGCAUGAAAAUGUCCUAAAAUGUCCAACUCCUGGCUGCACAGGGAGAGGCCAUGUCAACAGCAACCGUAGCACUCACAGAAGUCUUUCUGGCUGUCCCAUUGCAGCAGCUGAAAAAUUAGCAAAGUCACAGGAUCACAAUGAUGUGUUGCGAAGUGGAACUGGAGGUGACCAAGUUGUCAGACAUGGAGCCCUGGCAAAACAAUUUGAAAUCUCUCAUUGUGGUCACCGCCAUACACAGCUAGUUCCAGUUUCCACAGCUGGCCUGAUGAAAGAUCCAGAGAGGCAAGAGAAGGCACGAUUUGAUUAUGCCAGUUUUGAUGCCCAGGUGUUCGGAAAACAUACAUCUGCUGCCAGGAUGGAAGAGAAAGAAAGCCUUCAGUUUACUGAAUGUACACAGUUUUCAAAUCCUGCAGCACAUGGAAAUAGAUUGCCAGGUUCUCACCCACAGACCCCCAACAACUGCAACAGUUACAGCUAUAACCACUGCAAUGAUGAUACCCAUUUAGCAGCUACUGCUGUCUUGAAUCUUUCCACCCGCUGCAGGGAGGUACCAGAAAACCUUUCCACUAAAACACAUGAUGAACCUUCAAAGAUUGCCGAGAUAGAAGUGGAUGAAAAUGGCACACUCGACUUAAGCAUGAAGAAAAAUCGAGGUCAGGAUACAUCCACAUCUGUGACGUCAGCCAACACUACAGUCUGUAUUCCUGACUCAUCCUCUAUCAAGGUCAGCAGUGUCCAAGUGAAUGCUACAUUCUACCAGCCUGUGUGCAAGCAGGACAGCUGGUGUAGGCCAGUCAACUACAGCAAGACAAACAUGAACAAGUCCAUCGAGGAGAAGCAAAAAGAUACAGAGAGCAUUUAUGAAACCAUGGAUGACAGAAAGUUUUCUGGUGAUAUUACUGUGUCAAGUCCAAAGCCUAAAAUACUCUCCAGGGAUGCAAAGAAGGAACUUAUAACUUGCCCAACACCAGGAUGUGAUGGCAGUGGACAUGUAACAGGAAACUAUGCUUCCCAUCGAAGUGUUUCUGGCUGUCCAUUGGCUGACAAGACACUGAAAUCUCUCAUGGCUGCCAACUCUCAGGAACUUAAGUGCCCAACUCCUGGAUGUGAUGGUUCAGGCCAUGUAACUGGAAAUUAUGCUUCCCAUCGAAGCUUAUCAGGGUGCCCACGUGCAAGGAAAAGCAGUGUAAAGCUGACUCCAACAAAAGAAGAAAAGGAGGACCCUGACCUGAAAUGUCCACUUGCAGAUUGUGAUGGCCAGGGUCAUAUAUCUGGGAAAUACACUUCUCAUCGGAGUGCAUCUGGAUGCCCUUUAGUUUCAAAGAGACAGAAGGAAACAUCUGUCAAUGGGUCUUCAUUCUCCUGGAAGAUUCAAAAACAAGAACUACCACAUUGCCCACUUCCAGACUGCAAUGGGCUGGGUCAUGUCAAUAAUGUUUUUGUCACCCAUCGAAGUUUGUCUGGAUGUCCUCUAAAUGCCCAGGCACUGAAGAAAGCAAAGAUUACUGGGGAAGAGUUAAUGACCAUUAAACUUAAAGCAAGCAGUGGAAUUGAAAAAGAAGAUAUGAAACAUUUGGAUGAUGAAAUCAAAGAGAUAAAUGCAUCCAAUCUUAAGAUUGAAGCAGACAUGAUAAAGCUUCAGACCCAGAUUACGUCCAUGGAGAGCAAUUUGAAGACGAUUGAAGAGGAGAACAAACUCAUUGAGCAGCACAACGAGACUCUGCUGAAGGAGUUGGCUGGUCUGAGUCAGGCCCUCAUAAGUAGCCUUGCUGACAUUCAGCUUCCACAGAUGGGGCCAAUCAAUGAGCACAAUUUUGAAGCAUAUGUGACUACACUUACGGACAUGUACAGCAACUUGGAACGGGAAUACUCACCAGAAUGCAAAGCGUUGUUGGAGAGCAUCAAACAAGCCGUCAGGGGCAUACAUGUGUAGUGUACAGGCAACCUAAUGGCUGCUCCAGGGUAAUUCAAAUGGUUGUAAACUUCAGAUGGAAGUGUCUUGAUUUCAAGUACCAGUGAGAAGUGAUAAUAUUUGUAGUGCCGAAUUUUGCCACAGACACAUUGCACUAAAAAAAUUUCCAGCUGUAAUAGAAGUCAAAACAUGAAUGAACUGUUUGCAUUAACAGCAAUGUACUCAGUGAAAUAUAUUUAUUUAUUUUGUUAACAUUCUUUUUGCACUCAUUUUUGUAUAGUUUGAUGUAAAAAAAGUGUGUG